CACUUUCUCACCUUUCCUCCUUUUCAGCGAUCUGCAGUUCAAGCUUAAGGUCACGGUCCAAUACAGGCAAAAAUACGUAGAAAAUAAUAAAAAAAUUAACGCAUAACUCCCACAUCAGCUGUCUUUCACAAUGGAGAACUGGGAAGAUGAUCAGAGCCCUGUCAUGAGCAACGUAAAUUUUGGAAACACUGGGAACUCAUGGAAAAGUGAGAGCCAACCAAACAGCUUUAAAAGCAUCUCCAAUGAUGAUGAUGAUGAAGGUUCUUGGAAAAAUGGCAGCAGUGGUUUUGGAGCUCAAGGGGGAAACAUGGGUCGCAGCGUCAGAGAAAUAGAUGGCGGCUUUAAGAGAUUCAAUUCAGGAAAUGAUGAAAAUGGAAACAAAGUUGAUGUUGGCAGCUCCUGGAGAGGAGGUAAAGAUGGAAUUAGAGGAAGAGGAGGCAGAGGACGUGGAGGAAGAGGAAGAGGCUUUCUAGGAGGAUUUGGAAAAUCCUUGACAUCUGAAGGUGAUGAAAAUGAUGAUGAAGGUUUUAAAAGUGACUUUUUUGGCAGAGGUGGGCGUGGGGGAAGAGGCGGUCGAGGAGCUUCCCGCCAAGUUACUGAUGCAGAAGGAAGAAGACACUUUGGGGGUGGAGGAUAUAGAGGACAGCAUGAGGAGAACAUGUUUUCUAAGGGUUCAAGGAAAGAUGAUGAUGGUGAGGAGGAGGGAAAAGAGAAUGAUAGGACUGCAGGGCCCAGGGUCACCUAUGUUCCUCCGCCACCACCAGCAGAAGAAAACUCUAUUUUUGCCCACUAUGCAACAGGCAUCAACUUUGACAAGUAUGAUGACAUCCUUGUAGAUGUAAGCGGAAGCAACCCGCCCAGUGCAAUAAUGACAUUUGAAGAAGCACAUCUCUGUGAGACUCUUAACAGAAAUGUUUCCAGAGCAGGAUAUGUAAAGCCUACUCCUGUUCAGAAGUAUGGUAUUCCCAUCAUAUCUGCUGGAAGAGAUCUUAUGGCUUGUGCCCAGACUGGAUCUGGGAAAACGGCUGCCUUCCUGCUGCCUAUUCUGCAGCGUCUGAUGAGUGAUGGUGCAGCUGCUAGCAAGUUCAGUGAGGUGCAGGAGCCUGAAGUAAUCAUCGUAGCUCCCACUAGGGAGCUCAUUAACCAGAUUUACCUGGAAGCCCGGAAAUUUGCUUAUGGCACUUGUGUGCGUCCUGUCGUCGUUUAUGGAGGCAUAAGCACCGGAUAUACAAUCCAAGAGGUGUUGAAGGGUUGUAAUGUGCUAUGUGGGACCCCUGGAAGAUUGCUUGACAUUAUUGGUCGUGGAAAGGUUGGUCUGAGUAAAGUUCGUUAUCUGGUGCUGGAUGAAGCUGACCGAAUGUUGGAUAUGGGGUUUGAGACUGACAUGCGAAAGUUGGUCAGUUCCCCGGGGAUGCCUCCAAAAGAACAACGGCAAACCCUCAUGUUUAGUGCAACCUAUCCAGAGGAUAUUCAAAGGUUGGCAGCUGAUUUCCUAAAGGAGAAUUAUUUGUUCCUGGUUGUGGGAGUGGUGGGAGGAGCCUGUAGUGACAUAGAGCAGCUCAUCAUUCAAGUUACUCGGUACUCAAAGAGAGAACAGCUGUUGGAGAUGCUGAAGACCACAGGGGACGAGAGAACAAUGGUCUUUGUUGAAACCAAAAGAAGUGCAGAUUUCAUUGCAACGUUUCUCUGUCAGGAGAAAGUGCCCACUACUAGCAUCCAUGGUGAUCGGGAACAGAGAGAACGAGAGAAAGCCCUGAGUGACUUCCGCACUGGGAAGUGUCCUGUGUUGGUAGCGACUUCUGUCGCUGCUAGAGGGCUAGACAUUGAGCAUGUCCAGCAUGUGGUGAACUUUGACCUGCCAAAAAGCAUUGAAGAAUAUGUGCACCGGAUUGGAAGAACAGGCCGAUGUGGAAACACAGGAAGAGCUGUGUCCUUUUUUGACCCGGAGCCUGACGCUCAUCUAGCCCGCUCUCUGGUCAAAGUCCUCUCUGGGGCCCAGCAGGAAGUUCCUUCAUGGCUGGAGGAAAUUGCGUUCAGUGCUCAUGGCACCACCGGGUUCAACCCACAUGGGAAAGUGUUUGCCUCCACCGACACUCGCAGGGGUGGAUCCUUCAUGACCCAGGCACCACAACCAGCUGCACCAAGCAAUGUGGCAGGAGCUGAUGAGGAUGAAUGGGAGUAGAUUUUCUUUUUAGCUUGCUUUGUUGUACACUUUAUAUUUUCCGUUUUAUAUAUUUUAUGUUAAAGAAAGAAGCCAAUGGGCCUCGCAGAGCAAGUAGCGGCAGUUCUUGAGCUAAUGCUGUGUAAAAGAGCAACAGGUUAGACCUAAAGUUAAGCUUUACAAUUUAAUGUUUGAAUGAAUCACUCAGGUUUUGGUUUUCAUGUGGAAUUGGGUUUACAUCACUGUGUGGACAUUGAUUUUGUAGAAGCCUUCAACUGAAGGUUGCGUCUGCCUGCUUAAAAAUAAAAAAAAUAAAUGGCUGUUUUCUGGUUACCCUUUGAGCAUUGUGUGUGAAGGCAUUGUCUAUGGAGGAGAAUUUUUUGCCAGUGUGCAAUAUGAAUAAAUUCACAUGAUGUUGACCUUA